AUGACGCUUGCGCCAUGGAUAUGUCGCAGCUGCACGCGGGCCUUACUGAAUCGCGCCCAAUCUUUAAAGCCCCAAUUGGUGCGGUUUGCCUCUACCGAAUCAACACUUGCGCCGAGUCUUAUUCUGCGAGCGAAAUCUCUCACGGCCGAACACAAUGAGCUACAAAAGACCUUGAACGACUCUUUUGAUGCUGCCAAGGCGAAACGAGCAGGCGAACUGCGGCGCGUCGCUACAGCGCUGGAGGAAUGGGAGGCCGCAAACAACGCCAUUGCCGAGCUGAAAACCAUGGCCCAAGAACCCGGCCAAGACGCCGACCUGGCCGCGAUUGCACGCGACGAACUCGACACAGAAGUGGCCAAGCUACAAAGCCUCGGGCGCAGCUUGUCGGCGAGCCUGACACCGCGCCAUCCUUUUGCCGACCUGCCCUGCAUGCUGGAAAUCCGUCCCGGCCCAGGCGGCCUCGAGGGCCGCUACUUUGCCGAUACCGUUUUCAAGAUGUACAAGGGCCUCUGCGCGCGCAAGGGCUUCCGCAGCAAGGUCAUCAAGUACGACCUGGCCGAGGGCGCGGGCGAUCAGUCGUCGGCCGAGGGCGAGCUGCCGCUGCAGGAGGCCAUUUUGGAAAUUGAAGACGCCGGCGCGUACGACAUCUUUCGCGCCGAGGCAGGUAUGCACCGUGUGCAGCGUAUCCCCAGCACCGAGAGCAAGGGUCGUGUGCACACGAGCGCCGUUGCCGUCUGGGUGCUCCCGUCGUUUGCCGAAGCGUCAGCUGACGAGAUGGACGUGGAUAACCCCGAGAGCGAGUUUUACAUUGAUCCCCAAGAGUUAAAGAUUGAGACGAUGCGCGCGCGCGGCGCGGGCGGACAGCAUGUCAAUAAGACGGAGUCGGCGAUUCGCAUGACGCAUCUGCCUACCGGCACGACGGUGUCGAUGCAGGACCACCGCUCGCAGCACCGCAACCGCGACGAGGCGUGGAAGCUGAUGCGUUCGCGCAUCGCGGCGCAGCGUGCCGAGCAGCGCGAAGAAGAGGCGGCGCGGCUGCGCAACAGCGUGCUCUCGACGACGCAGAUUACGCGCGGCGACAAGAUCCGCACCUACAACUACAACCAGGACCGCUGCACGGAUCACCGCGCCGCGCUCGACGUGCACAACCUGCCGGGUGUGCUCGAGGGCGGCGACGUGCUCGACAGAGUCAUGGAUGCGGGCAGGGAGUGGCUCGUGGGCAAGGAGAUUGAGAUGCUGGUGGCGGAAGAAGAGGCCAAGGCCAAGGCUGCUGCGAAUGGUGGCAAGAAGUGA